AUGGCAUCUCCCAACAUGACGUCGAUUUCGCGGCAUGACGUGAACGCGCUGCUUAGGCAGGUCCAGGGCAAUUCUCUGUUCAAUAGACAACUCUCAUCCAUCUGCCAAGUAAAUGGGCUUAAGAGCACAGGCGUCAAAGCCGAGCUCCAGCGACGCAUCGUACAACUAAUAAACGAAACGGUUACCAGCAACGAUGUUGUACGAUUCCAUCAGAUCCGCCACAGCAUCCACAGCGCCUUUCAACAGCGAGCGAGUCCUGUCAAGGCCGCGACGGCUAGAAGCAACGGGUCUACAGCACAACCUGGUCUGCCUACUUCCGCGUCAUCAUCGUCAUCCUACGGCACCAGCAGUUAUUCUGGGCAACGAGCGUAUGGCUUCUCGUUCAAGCCGAGCCCUUUCUAUUACGUUGAAAGCGCCGUGAGCGUGUUGCGUACCUGUGAAGCAAUGGCACAGCAUAGGAACUCUGUCACCAUCCCAUUGAGGUUAAGCGACCACCCCGUUUUGCAGCGAUGCAACGAGGAUAAAUCAUACAGAAUCAUGGUGUUUUGUGCUAGCGACGACAGCGGCGUACAAGACGUUGCGUUCCCACACCAGUCCGAGCUUCGGGUAAAUGGCGAUGAGAUCAAGGCCAACCUCCGAGGUCUCAAGAACAAACCCGGCUCAACGAGGCCAGUCGACAUAACCAACGCUCUCCGCCUAAGGGGAAACUACAUGAACAACAUUGAGUUUACAUAUGCGCUGACGAACAGGAAAUUCUACCUAAUCGUCAACCUUUGCAAGACUACUUCGGUUCCCGAAUUGGUGACGACAAUAUCCAACCGUAGAAAGAUUUCUGAAGAAUCGGUGAUAUCUGAGCUGAAUAAAAUAGCACAAGAUCCAGAUGUUGUAGCGACAUCUCAGGUCCUAUCCCUGAAAUGCCCUCUAUCCUACAUGAGAUUAGAAGUGCCUUGCCGCAGCUUGAGCUGCACACAUUUGCAAUGCUUUGACGCAACAUCCUACUUGCAACUUCAGGAACAAGGUCCACAAUGGCUUUGUCCUAUAUGCAAUAAAUCUGCGCCGUUCGACCAGCUAGCCGUUGACGGCUACGUCAAAGCUAUUCUGGAAAAGACAUCAAAGAGCCUGGAAACCGUGACCAUUGAGCCCAACGGCAGGUGGUUUAGCAAACCACCAAAGGAGGAAUCAUUAUCCAGGCCAAAUGGGGCAGAUCUUGAGGACGACGAUGACGACGAUGAUUUGGAGGUAUCCGAAAUCAGCAUCAGCGGCCGUCGAAUAGAAACGCCCAAGAAAAACAUGACCUCCUACACAGAGAUGAGCUCUGGUGGCAGAGACGGUCACUCGGCCCCGCGAACCGGCUCACAUAGCGCCAAACGACCAGCGCCAGCAGUUAUCGACCUGACGCUAUCGUCUGACGACGAAGAGCCCAUCCAGCGGCCGCAUAAACGGCAACACACGGGAGGAAGCAGCUAUCGCGGCUCGUCGAGUCUCCCGUUCCUGAGCGAAUCACCCAGCAACUAUCCGUCGUAG